AGCAACACCGACGAUAAAGUCACCCCUGACUUCAUAUACCCAUCACAUCCAUCGCAUAACACACCACAAAUGGCCUCCUCCACAGAUACUACCAGGUUCGCCCAGUUUAAGUUGGUGCUCUUGGGUGAGAGUGCUGUUGGUAAAUCUAGUAUAGUGCAUCGGUUCGUCAAAAACACCUUUGAUAACUUCAGAGAGUCCACCAUCGGUGCCGCAUUUUUAACCCAAACCAUCACGUUACCAGAGUCCAAAACAACCAUAAAGUUUGAGAUUUGGGACACUGCAGGUCAGGAACGGUAUAAAUCUUUGGCUCCAAUGUACUAUCGAAAUGCUCAUGCCGCAUUAUGUGUAUACGAUAUAACCAAUCCUUCUUCGUUCACAAAAGCGCAGGACUGGAUCAAGGAGUUGAAGAAGCAGGCGCCGGAAGGCAUCGUCAUUUGCUUGGUGGGAAACAAGCUUGAUUUGAGUGAAGAAAGACAAGUGGACGAACAGGAGGUUUUACAGUAUGUACAAGAAUUAAACCACCAGGAGAAUAAUGUUCUUUGGGCCGAAUGCUCGGCCAAGAGUGGUGAGGGAGUGUUGGACAUUUUCAACAAAAUCGGCCGGGCUUUGCCGGUGGAAGAAGUGAUAAAUGGUGCUAGUAGCAGGGCCAGACAGGUGGGCUCGAGAAAACCGGGCGUUGACUUGGCCAGGCAGGCCCACCUGCCACAGAACUCGGGCUGCUGCUAGGAAGAAGACUUAUUUUGCACGUUUAGAUUAGUAUACGAAAUUUGAGAAGCACAUGUCACGUGC